AUGAUUUCCCUCCUUCUUACCCUCCUCUCCGGUACGCCAUCUCUCGCGUCGCGGGCGACCUUCUACCCGCCCCUUAACCACACCACCUUCAUCACCAAUACCUCUCUUGGCCCGUAUGGCGGCAUUUACAGCGCCCCGGCCGACCAGGCCAGCCCUAUAGGCGAUGUAUACAACUACUGCACCAUGCCCCACCCGCACCUAGAUACAUACUCCCUGCCACCUCCCAUGGCCAAUCACUCCGUCACUGCUCGGCUUGUGUACCUUGAGUAUCUCCAGCGCCAUCAACGUCGCACCCCAUAUAAUAUCCUUCCCGGGGGAGAAAAUCAAGACUACAACUGCGACAACAUUCACCCCCAUCUCUACGCAGCACCAGCUACUCCAGGGACCCAUCCGGCGACAGUCUACGGACAAGCCUACUCGGACCCAUCCAACCCGUUCUUGACCACUUAUGUCAAUGGAUCAUGUCAGUAUCCUCAACUCACGAUCGGAGGUCUCGUAGACGGCUAUCAACACGGUCGGGACCUCCGUGCCGUCUAUGGCGACCAGCUAGGUUUGAUCCCCGAUACCCCGGAUGCAACGGUGUGGUUCCGCUCUAGCUCCUCCGCCCUAACCCAAGGCUCCGCGGGCGGUGUCCUCCGCGGUGUCUUCCGGGAGCACAGCGGACCAAUCCCGCUCCACCAGCAGGCCUCCGGCAUCGACAGCGUGGACCGCGGGUUUCCUUGUUCCGCUCGGGACACACUCCUCUCCGCCAUCCAAUCCACCGCAGAAUGGAACGAACAUCUUUCCGUCACCGAGCCAUUGCGCACCCGAUUAUCCACCAUGUUCAACGCCACCUCAUCGUGGACCGCCACCUUCGACCAUUUCGCCGACAAUUUCCAGGCCCGCCUAUGCAACGGCUACGACCUCCCCUGUCGCAUCCAGGACGAAUCCGACUGCGUGACAACCGACCAAGCGAACGAGGUCUUCCGCGCCGGCGACUGGGAAUGGAACUAUUGGUGGCGGACCAACGCGAACGCCACGCGGUACAUUCAACUCGUCGAAGGGCUUUUUAUCGGCGAGAUCGUGCGGAAAUUCGAGGCUGUGCAGGAGGGUAAAUCCGAUCUCGUGUACAGCCAUAACUUCGUACAUGACGGCGAUAUCGGACCUAUUCUGGGAGCGUUGGGAAUUAAAUCUCUCCGCUGGCCCGGCAUGGCAUCAAACAUCGCUUUUGAGAUUUGGGAGACAUCGGAUUCAGAUCUCUACGCAAGAGUCCUAUACAGCGGAGCUGCAAUUGAAACUAUUCACGGAACGCUCGAGUGGAUUCCGUUGUCCGCAUUAAUCGACAUUUUAAAACCGUUCAUCCCGGAUGAUAUCAUAUCCAUGUGUAACUUAAGCUAA